CCGUGACCUCCAAGGAACGAGUCAUGCUACGCACACGCGGACGGGAAUCCGGGUUGGUGCAGGCGCUCGCACACUGUGAACCAGCCGCGGUGGCCCGGACGCCCUGGACGCCCCACACCCUGUCGGGCCUGCGCCCGGGGCGGGAGCCCAGCAGCGCCCACGGGGCCCCGCUGCCGAGGGCUGUGAGCGCCCAGAGCAUUAGUCACCGAGGGCGAACAGAGCGCGGGGCCGCCCCGAAGCCCCUGGCCCGGCCCGAGCGGACAGCACUCCUAGCCCGCAGUCCGAGCGCACGCACGUACGGGCGAACCCCUGUCUUCUCUCCGACGCGAGGCCGUGAUAAACACGGGGCACCGGACGCACCGACGUGCCGGGCGAGGAGGCCGGAGCACGGAGGCGGGGAGGCCCCGGCGAGCGGACGCCGGCUGCGGGCUGGUGCCGCCCUCGCGGCGGGGCCGCCGUCCCGGCUCUUCUCGCCACCGGGUCUCCGACGCGCGUCCGCUCCCCUGCGCGUUCGCCCCCCGGACGCUCCCUGCCCCUCGGGCUCCCCCGCCGCCGCCGCCCGCGUGCACUGGAAGACGCGCAGGGAGCAGAGUGCAGGCAACGGGCCCCGGGCUAACCUCGCAGGCCGCCGCAGCUCUCUCGGGAAAGCGAACCCCGCCGAACCCUCGCUCCCGGCCCCAGCGCCAGACGCAGGGCGGGCGCCCACGGCCCCCAACUUCCAGCGCGCACCGAGUCCCGGGGAGCCCCCGCCCGGCACCCCCAACCGCCCACACCCCGGGAACGGUGGCUGCCGGGGACGGGGGUGGGGGCGCUGGGGACCCCGCCCCCCCACACCCCGAGAGGGGCGGCUGCCGCGGAGGGGGGUGGGGGCCUGCGGGACCCCCGCCCGCCCACACCCGCCGCCGGAACGCGCCGUGACAGGAGGGACCGCCCCACCGGGGCCGCGGGCGCAGCAGGUGGAGGCCGGCUCCCGCCACCCCACCCCCCCCGCCUGUCAACUGCUCGGAGUAGGGGCGGGGGUCCGCGAGCGCAGCCCCCGGCCCGCCCGGCCCCCCGCCCUGGCUUCCGUCCGCCCGCGGGGGAGCGCCGCGGCCGCGCCUCAGCGGGUGGGGGAAGGGAGCGGCUCCGGCCCCCGCGCCCCCCGGCCCCCGGCCCCCACCGCGCUGCUCACCUGGCGGCGGCCCUCCCCGCCCGCCGCGCUGCCCGCCGCCGCCGCCGCCGGUCGCCGCCGGAGAGUGGGGACAGGGUUCCUGUGCUCCCUCGCGGGGCCCGGCGGGCUCCUGCCCCGGACUGCCGCGCCGGAAAGCGUGCGUUCCGCCCGUCGGCCUUGCCCGAGGGAGCUCCGAGCCGUCCGCACGUGCGACCCCGUGUCCCCAGCGGGCGAGCGCAUGGUCCGAGCUCCAGGGGCGCCGCGCCACCCGGUCCGGAGUCCCGGCGUGCGGAGGGGAGCGCGCGCGCACGGUGCCACGCGCACGGGCGCACGAUGCCCCGCGCCUUCCGGAGACCCGGGGCCGGCGGAGCGGUGCGGGCGGCGCCCCAGCGGGAGGCCGAGGUCGCACGCGGAGAGAGGGCGGGCCGGCAGGGAGGAGCCGGCCGGGUCUGGCCGGAUUUAG